AUGGAAAAUGAAAUUCAAAUAUCUGAAUUAUCUCUUUUAAAAUGUGAAGAAUAUGUCGAGCCAACCCCAAUAGAAAGAUUUAAAUUGAGUUUUAUUGAACUUUUACACUCCCCAUUUGACUUAUUUUAUUUAUUUUUGAUAAAAAUAAUUGGAUACAGUGGAUUUUCCAUUUUAACUGUAUGCGGAUCUAUAUAUGUGACUAAAGUAAUAGGAUUAUCCGAUAAAGAAUAUGGGCUUUAUGCUUUAGGACUUGGAGGAAUGUCUUGUUUAUAUGCAUUUACUUUAGGCAUAAUCCCAGACCGUCUCGGUAUCCGAUUUUCUAUGAUAAUUUCAAGCACAGCUGGCAUAGUUUCCUAUCUCCUCUUAAUCUAUUUAAAUGACCCAAAUCUCCAAAUCCUAACCAUUCUGAUCCUUUUUUCUAUUCCUCUCAGCAUAAAUGUCCCAGCAUCUAAGCUUGGAAUAAAAAAAUAUACAAACACCCACGCAAGAAGUAUAGCUUUUUCCAUUUUUAUCAUUCUAGUGUUUGCCUGUGGCGGAAUUGCAGGAAUUAUUGUAGGUUUUGGGCUGAAUUUAGGUAGUGAUGAAGAAGAAGAGACUUAUAUUAGCCUUUUUUGAAUCGCUGUAGGACUAAUGAUGGUAGCAUUGGUAUUAUCAUUUUUUCUGAGAGAACUAGACUAUAAUAUGAGAGGAAAUCAGGAGCUUCAAAUAAAAUGAAAUGGUGAAAGUGUUUGGGAAUCAGCAACAGCAAGUUUUCAAUAUAAAUCCUUCUGAAGAGUUAUGGCUGUAGCUUUUGCUGUAUCAUGCGCAAGGUCUGUGUACUUGCAUCUUACAAUUACACUACCUUUAUAUAUGGAAAGAGAUAUUAUUCUUAUUUAAAAAAUUAUUUUUAAUAAUUUUUUUAUUUUUUGUUAUUUUUUACAGACGACGACAAAAAUUAUCGCUUUAUCUGAGAAUAAUAACUAUAUGCAGAUAGCAUAAAUCUGGAUCACAAUUUGGGUAUAUCAUUGCUUUAAAUCAAUUUUUGUCUUUAAUUUUUUGCCCGACACUGACCAUGCUAGUCUAUUAUAUAGAUAAAUACACACUUUUAUUGAUAGGCUGCACUAUUAGUGCUUUAUCUCCACUAGUUUUAUUAUAUGAAGCAAGCUAUACAACGGUGAUUAUUUUUGUAUUGUGUGCUUCAUUUGGAGAAAGUAUUCAUUUUCCAAGGCUUAUUGAAUAUACCUUGGAAUCAGCAGCAAAAGGCAGAGAAGGAGCUUAUUUUUCGAUUUCGAAUUUUCCUAUAUCAAUUGGAUAUAUGUUUGCAGGACUUGCUAGUGGGCUGCUAUUAAAUGAAUAUUGCCCAGAAGAUGGAGAAAGACAAUGCUGAAUGGUUUGACUUGUAAUAUCAUUGAUGGCUAUGUGUGGAGUUUUAGUAUUAUUUUUCUGUAGAAAAUGGAUAGAGCAGCCUUUAUCAGAGUCAAACCCUUAUAUGCCUUGGUCUGAGGAAAAUAUUGAUGAUGGCUUGUAA